AUGGAGAAUCUAUAUUCCGCCUUGUCAGCUGAAGACUCCAAACUCUUGCCAGGACUGAAUCCUCUCUCUGCAUCCUCUGACAACAUUCAAUCAUUACAUAACGUGUCCAAAGAUGGUGUCGAAAGUCAAUAUCCCCUCCCGUCUGGGGACUCGCAUUCAGGGACGACUCUACAGGUUCCUGUUCCGUCAAUGCAGCUGGGUUCUAACGAUGUGGACCAAAGUCAUCAGUACAAAACAAGCCAGCACCGGCCCCUCGUAGAUCUGAAUCGUCCAUAUCUUCAACACCCAAAAUAUCUCGACUAUCUGGCUCGUCAGAGACAUGACAUUGGUGCGGAUGGGAAGCCAAUCUGGCCCACAGAAAUUGAAAAUGCCUUUCAGAAUGCACUCGUACACAUCAAACCUUUGGGUCGGAAGAAACGUUCACAACGAGGAAAACUCUACGGUCGAAACAUGCUCAUCGCUGAAUGGAUCUUUCGGGAGACCGGAGCAGUCCGCGACCGCAAACAGGUCUCCAGUCAUCUGCAAGUCCUCAGCCGAAUGCUUAAAGGGAUACCCGAAUGGGAUCGAGUAAUCAGGCCUAGCGACGAAAAAGAUACUGCUCCGACCGAAGGCCACAAAUUCUACCGCAAUUCAACUAAACCCGUGGUUAACCAAGAAAAGCCCUUGGGCAGAAGUAUCCAAAAAGAGGAAAGCUUUAUCGAGGAUGAUUCAGAUUUUGACAAUGGUGCGCGGCGAGCUGGAACAUCAGCAGCCUCCCUGACCAACUACGGCGUUCAACGGCUCCAUUUUGAAAUGUGGGUAUGCCCACCAAGUGAUUGGGAGCAGGCCUUGCACAAUUAUACUCGGCUACAAAGUCUCAAGUUGAUGUCGGUACCAUUAGAAGGGGUCAUGAAUUGGCGCCAGUCAUUUCCCCACCUUCAACCUAUCAUGGACGAUUGGUCGAGGGCAAACUCGUGCGAGUUGAUCUUACUGAACGCCAGCUUUCACUUAACGGAAGACUUUCCUCCUCGGCACUCCAAACUUGGGAUCAGUCUAGAACUUGACUUUGUCAACGGAGACUGGUCCAGUAAGCGUGGAGUAAAGUUGGAAGACUGGGCCUGUGUCACUCACAUGUAUUGUGAUGGUCAUCUCAUCGCCAAACCAUCUCGCGAGGCAUGUCGGUCUUCGAGACAAGGCCGUGUCGAGCCAUUCUUCCAGUCAAGAUGGUGGGCAUCAAAAUUUACAUCUUUGACCGAGGCUCGGAAGAGAGCUAAAGACUCAAACGACCCUGGAGCCAUCCAGGUUGCGACUGAACAGUCACGCAAUUUCUUUCGUAGCCUCACUAUCAUGCAAGAAAUCCGCGCCGUUCCUUCUCAACCUGCCGACUAUACAAAUACGCAAAAGCCAAACACAAGGAGAAUGGCAGUCCUGCUCUGGAAAUUUUCACAAGCCCCUCCAGGAAGCGUCGGGACAACAACCUGGCAGACUCUGGUCCCUCCACCGGAUCGCCUGGCAACCAACAGUCCCCUACAACCUGUAGCGGAAAUAGAACUACCACCGCUUACUAUGGAUACCAUAGUCGACUACUCCCCUAGGGUCAAUUCGUUCGGCAGUGAUAACCACUUCCUGUCACAAAAUAAUCUACCAUAUGGCCUGUAUUCAGAUGCGAUGGAUGAAGAGCUCUGCCAAGAUGGAUUCAUGUUCUUGAAGCCUGACCAGAUGACCGAUUUUGGGCAUUUACCGCCAUCAUUCGACAUGCCCUCAGGACAAGGGCGAAUGUCUGAUACAAGCAUUGGUCCAGUGAAUGAGACAUUUGACAUCUCACAGGGUGAUUGGAACACCCCCGUCGAGAAUCAUCCCGUCGAGGUCGACAAUACUUUUGAAAUAUCCCGACUACUUAAGCAGGAAAGUUCCUUUAGCAACGUUCAAUACGCAAUGGAUGGAUCAGUGGACAAUAGACAGCCUUCCCAUGAACAUUUUGACGAUCAACCAUUAACUAGGUUCAACGUCAAAACAUCCCAAGUUCUACAGGAACAGCUUUGCACGGAGGACCAUCCCCGUGCCACUGCCCUCUAUUCGCCACAAAUUAAAGGAGAGCCAGAUACCGAACAGGUGGAGAAGAUUCGUAGCCAUCUAUGGAGUCAGGAUGAUGAUGACGAGAUGCUUCACGAGACGGCUGCGCAGCAGCAGAGGAAUCAAGCCAAUCAGUCAUGGAAUCUGAUUGAUGAGCAAGACGAAGCUCUCCGAGCUGCUUUGCUUGCGGCAUCGGCAAUGAGCGAUCUUGGAAUACAAAAGCCUCAGACAUCUCCGAAUCGUCACGAGUAUGGGCCAUUGUCACCGGAGCGGCACGAUGAGUCUCGCUGGGAGCCACCAUUGGCAUUUUGCCCGACGUUGCACACACAUCACCAUUUCCCAGGCAUUGGAGACGGAGAGGCCCAAUUGUCAGUAAAUCACACCGUUGUCGCUGAACACAUGUAUGGAGAUGUUCUUACUCAUUCUCAAGGGACCGGACUAUCCCAACAACAGCCCUCCCAGCAUGGUGAACGUCCCAUAUCAGGGUCUCUCAACGUGGAAGACCUGCCGUUGAAUAGGGCUAGUGCAGGUGCAUCAAGCUUGGUUCGGCCCCACAGCGAGCCUGACCUAGGCUCGAUUAUCCUCUCCGAUAGAGCAGCAGCGCCAAAUUCAAUUGACAUCUGCAAUCAUGCCACAGAGCCAGGUUUAGACAUGCAUACUGUAAUGGGGUGCUACGAACAUGGAUUAUAUAAGGAGGCAUGCCGUACCACAGGGUCCAAGACAGGCAUAAGAGAGUGCACGGGCAGGCCAGGAAGUGAGGAGAACGGCAGGCAACAACAGACAUGA